CUGCAGCAGAUGAGAAGGAGGUGGUGUCGAGAGCCUGGUCAGAUCCAACAACAGCGUAACCUCAACCAACACCACUAUACAAUGAAAUUAUCAUCAUUCAUACCCGUUUCCGAACUGCACUACUUCACCCUCCUGCUGGUAACGGGUCUGUAUACUCCUGGGCGAGGAGAGAUAACCAGUCUGGAUGCAGGGAACAUUGAUGACAUCCUUAACAAUGCUGGGGUGGCUCUAGUCAAUUUCUAUGCAGACUGGUGUCGAUUUAGUCAGAUGCUCCACCCGAUCUUUGAGGAGGCGUCGAAUAUAGUGCGAGAGGAAUAUCCAGACAUGACACAGGUGGUGUUCGCCCGAGUGGACUGCGACCAGCACUCUGAUAUAGCACAGCGCUACAGGAUAAGCAAAUACCCCACACUGAAGCUGUUCAGGAAUGGGAUGAUGAUGAAGAGAGAAUACAGAGGUCAAAGGUCAGUGACUGCCAUCGCUGAUUUCAUCCGUCAGCAGAAAGUGGAUCCAAUCAAACAGAUGGAGAAUCUUGAAGAGAUAAGCACUUUAGAUAGGAGUAAACGCACCAUUAUUGGUUACUUUGAGCAAAAGGACUCCGAUAACUACCGUACUUAUGAGAAAGUGGCCAACAUCCUGAGGGAUGAUUGCGUUUUCCUGGCAGCUUUUGGAGAGGUGUCUAGGCCCGAGAGAUUCAGUGGUGAUAAUAUUAUCUAUAAGCCAUUAGGAGAGAAUGCUCCUGACAUGGUUUACAUGGGCUCACUCAUAAACUUUGACCUAAGCUAUGCCUGGACACAGGACAAGUGUGUGCCCCUAGUCCGAGAAAUCACCUUCGAAAAUGGAGAGGAACUGACAGAGGAAGGCAUCCCAUUCCUGAUCCUCUUCCAUCAGAAAGAUGACACAGAGAGUCUGGAGAAGUUCCAGCAUGAAGUAGCUCGCCAGCUUAUCAGCGAAAAGGGUUCUAUAAAUUUUCUACAUGCUGAUUGUGAUAAGUUCAGACAUCCUCUGCUACACAUUCAGAAGACCCCUGCUGACUGCCCUGUAAUUGCCAUUGAUAGUUUCCGCCAUAUGUAUGUCUUCCCAGAGUUUAGUGACCUUGCGGUUCCAGGAAAGCUAAGGCAGUUUAUAUUGGACCUGCACUCUGGAAAGUUGCACAGAGAGUUCCAUCACGGGCCCGACCCCACAGACAUCACUCCAGGACAGGAUGAGAAUGGAGAGGUGGCCAGUAAUCCCCCAGAGAGUUCUUUCCUGAAGUUAGCCCCCAGUGAAACACGCUACACCAUCCUCAGGGACCGGGACGAGCUGUGACAUCACAACUGCAUUGAGACCCAAUCCUGAACCCAGCAGUCAGCCACUGCUUUCAUAAUUUUAUUUUAGAUAAAAAGAUAAGAAAAUUUAACCCCUGAGCAUUUUUUGGGGUGGGGAAUGAAGUUGAGCGUUUUUACUUUUUAUUUUCGGAGCUUGUAAAUAUGUUUGUGCUCUGUGGGUCAGUCUUGUCUAAAUUAACAAUAUUAUUAUUCUUUUUUUUGCCCUACAUUGUGGUCUACCCAAGUCCCCCUUUUUGUAGGAAAACAUAGGUACAUUGGUGGCCAUCUUUGUUGGGAACCUGCAUUCGGUUGAUUAUGGAUUUUUAGUGCGAGCAAUUGGAAUCAUGGGAAACUUUUGUUUAAGAACAAAUCUGCAGUCAAGCUGUGGUGUUUCACUCCAGUCCUCAACAGAGUGUGCCCUUUAUGUGUGUGUGUGUGUGUGUGUGUGUGUGUGUGCGCGUGCACAUGUAUAUGUUACAUGUGCUUAUAAGUCUUUAUUCGUAUGUACUGUACCGUUCCAGACAUCUUCAAAUACCCACUCGCUAAAAUCCAGACUUUCUAGUCUCAUAUUGGCCCAUUCCACUGGGGGAAAGUGGUCAGGGGAGGGUUUAUGUUGGGGUGGGGU